GCCGGGGAUAGUGUGUGAAGUGGAACGAGUUGAUUGAACGUAGGAAGGCGUUGGUUGGAUGGUGGAUUGAUUGGAUUCACCGAUUCGCUCACUGACUGAUUGACUGUAUGUGUGAUAGAUCCUUGACAUUGACGGUAUCAAAGGCCCUUGCUUGAGCCCUACCGCUAACAUCUCUACCCACACGGUUGUCCUGCCGGCCUGAUUACCCGGCCCACCGGACUUGAGGAGCAUUGUGACUUGGGGAUUAACGUGCAUGACCAUUUUGAAGAUUUUGAGGUGAAGCCGUGAAAGGGUGCCCCCGGUAUUAGUCGGUAUUAGUCGGUAUUUGGCGACUCUCACGAGGAUUGAGGAUUGAGGAUUAGCGUCUCAAUUGGUUGGAACCCCGGAUCGCACAAACGGACAAGCAACAUUGGAAUCUGGAAGAGGGGCUCGGGCUUGGAGUUGCGUGGGAGCCGGCCGGCCUGACCAGUCGCUUAUCGAGAGCGAGAGUGGAGCCAGAUCUAUCACGAACCAAUCCCAACCAUGGAGCAUUACGACCUGAUUGUGAACCAGCCGGUGGUCAUCGACAACGGGUCGGGCGUGAUUAAGGCCGGAUUUGCCGGGGAUCAGAUCCCCAAAUGCCAUUUCCCCAAUUACAUGGGCCGGCCGAAGCACACCAAGGUCAUGGCCGGGGCGCUGGAAGGCGACCUGUUCGUGGGGCCCAAGGCCCAGGAGCACCGCGGGCUCUUGAGCAUCCGCUAUCCCAUGGAGCACGGGAUUGUCAAUGACUGGAACGACAUGGAGCGUAUCUGGCAAUACAUCUACAGCAAGGACCAGCUCCAGACCUUCAGCGAAGAGCAUCCCGUCCUCUUGACGGAGGCGCCGCUCAAUCCCCGACGGAACCGCGAGAAAGCCGCCGAGAUCUUCUUCGAGACCUUUAAUGUGCCCGCCUUGUUCCUCUCUAUGCAGGCCGUGUUAUCGUUGUACGCCACGGGACGGACUACGGGCGUGGUUUUGGAUUCGGGCGAUGGCGUCACGCACGCCGUGCCCAUCUACGAAGGCUUCGCCUUACCGCACAGUGUGAUGCGCUCGGAUGUGGCUGGACGCGAUGUGACGCGCCAUUUGCGCACCCUCUUGCGCAAGGACGGCACCCAUUUCCGAACCUCGGCCGAAUUUGAGAUUGUUCGCACCAUCAAGGAGCGGGCUUGCUAUUUGGCCACCAACCCGCAGAAAGAAGAGAGUCUGGAUUCCGAACGCGUCAGCUACACGUUGCCCGAUGGGAGCUCGCUCGAGAUUGGUCAAUCCCGGUUCCGGGCCCCCGAGGUGCUCUUUAAGCCCGAGCUCAUCGGCGAGGAGUACGAAGGCUUGCACGAAUGCUUGGUCUACUCCAUACAGAAGUCGGAUCUGGAUCUGAGAAAAGUCUUGUUCCAUAAUAUCGUGUUAUCGGGCGGCUCCACCUUGUUCAAAGGCUUCGGUGAUCGCCUCUUAUCCGAGGUCAAAAAACUGGCACCCAAGGACAUCAAGAUUCGCAUUUCCGCCCCGCAAGAACGCCUAUAUUCAACUUGGAUCGGGGGCAGCAUUUUGGCGUCAUUGGACACAUUCAAAAAGAUGUGGGUCUCGAAACGUGAGUACGAUGAAGAGGGCCAUCGAGCCGUGCACCGCAAAACCUUCUAAGUAGACACCAUACGACCAAAGAAAGAAACGUGUGCCCAACCUGCCUCUGACGACACCAGAGUGAUAGACACCAUCCAUGUCGCUAAAAUGAAAGUCGUAAAACGAGGAGGGCCUCUCCCUCUUCCCCACAUUGAUAAUCAGAUCAUUCUAACAUGAAUACAGUAUCAACCCGUCACCAACCCCGUGAGCGGCUCGACCUGGCUCGAAAUAGACGGGCUCGUUAUUCCGUUCGCCUUCUGAGGGGUUCGAGUGGGAUUUUGUUUUACUUUUUUUUCACCCGCCCAACCGUUAUCCUUGCAUCUCUGCUAUAUCAUUUGAGCUAAUAAUAAAAUAUUUUCACAUCGCUA